CUUAGCAACCGGUCUAGAAAACAUUUAUAUUUACACAUUUGGGAGUCGCUUCUCUUUACAGCGGCGGGCAGCUCAGAAUAACAAAACCAUGGCAAAACCGACGACCAUUAAAGAAGCUCUUGCACGAUGGGAAGAGAAAUCGGGCGAAAAAGCGAGCGAGGCGAAGGCGGUCAAACUGUACAGUCAGAUUCCUCCCAUUGAGAAGCUGGAUGCUGCUUUGUCCGCGCUUGGCAACUGCGAGAGGUUGUCACUCUCCACAAACUGCAUUGAGAAGAUAACCAACUUGAAUGGCCUGAAAAAUCUCAGAAUAUUAUCGUUGGGACGAAACAACAUAAAGAACCUUAACGGACUGGAAGCCGUCGGGGACACGCUGGAGGAACUGUGGAUAUCGUACAACCUAAUUGAGAAGCUGAAGGGCAUCCACGUCAUGAAGAAACUCCGAGUCCUUUACAUGUCCAACAACCUCGUCAAAGAGUGGGGUGAGUUCCUUAAGCUGGCUGACCUCCCUGCUCUAGUGGAUCUUGUGUUUGUGGCGAACCCUUUGGAGGAGAAGCAUUCUGCUGAUGGAACCUGGAUAGACGAAGCAACCAAGAGACUUCCUAAGCUGAAGAAGCUGGACGGGACCCCGGUGAUCAAGCAAGAUGAAGAAGAAGGAGAGGGAGACAGUUAACACCUCCCAUCUUACCUUUCGUAAUUACAGGUUCGAGGCGGUCCGGAGCCUACCGGAGCACCCAGAGGAAACCCACUGCGCCACCGCGCAGUUCUGUCUCUUUUAUAGCUAUGUUAAUAUGACGAGUCUAGCUAAAGGUGCAUCCUAUUUAAAAGUUAUAGGCCUCAGAGCCCUGCUUCUGCGCUGGGUUUUGAAAGGAACAUGCAGAUUUGCAUGCCUCUGUUUCAGUGUUAUUCUGUUCUGCUGAAGGAUCAGUUGAAAUGUGGAGCAAUUCAGGGGUUACGCAGAAGGAACGAUAUAGGGGUUGCACUACUUGCAUUCCUACAAAUGUCUC